UCCGGAUUGUGUGUUCUGGUACCGUUCUUGUCUCCUCUCCAAGGGUUCAUCUCUCACUCUCUCCCCAAUUAUCAUUUUCCUCCGGUUCGAAAAAAAUAUCUCAAAAUUCAUCUCUCCAGUAUAAACCAAAAAAAAGUUCUUCCUCGUUCUCCUCCCUUUCUCUCUCUCAAGCGUCUUCCUCCCAUGGCAGCAAUCUCAGAAGUGAUUAUCUAGCUUGUUGGUCCUGUACCCUUUAUGGAUCUCGGGGUUCGGGGUCAAGGGUUUGUGUCGGGUCAUGAAGACGGAGCUCCGACCCAUUCGGAACUUGGAUCUGGGUUUGCCAGACAAGACGGAUCCGGGUUUGGCGGCGAAGAUUAUUGGCGGAGCUCGAAGCUGGCGAGGACCGAGGACUUAUCCGGCUGCAAAACGCUGUCGUUUCAUCAAGGCAUUCCUCUCCUAAGAUCUACCUCUCUGAUUUCAUCCGAUCCUAGCCGGCAAGAGAGCAUGCUUAGCUUCUCUUCAGACAAAUCGGAAGCUCUGGAUUUCAGUAAAGAUGGCGGCUUGGUCAAUAAGAGCCAUCUCUCCCCGUAUCUUCAGCAGUUGCCCUCUUCUUACAGUAGAAAUGCAGGAGGUAUGAUGAACACAGCCAUGCAUGGGAAUUUCACUGGGGUCGGAGGACCUUUUACAUUGAUGCAGUGGGCAGAGUUAGAGCAGCAGGCGUUGAUCUAUAAGUACAUCACCGCCAAUAUCCAUGUUCCUCCUAGUUUGCUUCUCUCUCUCAAGAAGUCCUUUUACCCUUACGCUCCUGGAUCCUUGCCUCCCAAUUCCUUCGGAUGGGGAUCUUUCCAUCUCGGUUUCUCUGGCGGCAACAUGGAUCCCGAGCCCGGGAGGUGCCGGAGGACGGAUGGGAAGAAAUGGCGGUGCUCGAGAGAUGCUGUUCCCGACCAAAAGUACUGUGAGAGACACAUCAACCGAGGCCGCCACCGUUCAAGAAAGCCUGUGGAAAGCCAUUCUGGCCACACUGCUGCUGGUUCCACCACAUCCAAGGCGGUCACACCGUCAUCGGUGGCUGUGGAUCGGGGCAGAGGUCAAGCCAAUCCUUCUACAGAUCCUCUUGCUAACAGAGUUCAAAACUCGCGGGGAGCAUCCAUAUUUCCUCCCACCAUCAGCUUGCAACCCAAGGAAUCUCCUGCGGCUCCUCAAAAACAAGAAAACCCUUUUGAAUUCGGGUUCAUCUCCUCUGAUUCCUGGCCGAACCCAUCACAGAAACCGCCCUCUAUGGACUCUGCUAAAGGCUUCGGGUCCUAUCUGGACUUUACCAGCCAAGAAAAACAAAACUCCAGCAAUCAAAACAUUGUCUCGUGGCCCGAAGAGCUGAAGCCAGAUUGGACGCAGCUGUCUAUGUCAAUCCCUAUGGCUUCGGCAUCAUCAUCUCCCUCACUGUCGCCCCUAAGGCUAUCUCGUGAGUUCGACCCGGCAAUCCAGAUGGGUUUAGGAGUCAACUGCGAGGUUACUGAACCAGUCAAGAAGGUCAGUAAUUGGAUACCGAUCUCUUGGGGAAAUUCUUUGGGUGGUCCUCUCGGCGAGAUGCUGAACAGCACGAGCAACAGCCCCAAGUUGGGAUCUUCCCCGACAGGUGUCCUGCAAAAGUCCAGUUUCUGCUCACUUUCCAACAGCAGUUCCGGGAGCAGCCCUGUCCCUGUGGGCGGCCAGAACAAGAAGGGCGGCGACAGAGACGGGCUCUGCGAGGAUUUGCUGUUGAACUGUGAAAACAACAAGUAGUUCCGUGGUGGAUCUGUGAAACUGAAAGUAGUUCCAUGAUGGAUCUGUGAAACUGUGAGUAGUUCGGCAGUGGAAACCUGUUUUGUUUCUUCGCUUGUAACCUCUGUUUGUUUCUCCUUCUUAUGUUUUGUUUUGUUUUUCUUCUUCUUCUGGAAUCAGAGGAGAGAGAGAGAGAUGGGUUUCUAAUGUUUUGUACGGCCACCAUCUUUCUCCGAUUUCGAUUUUCUAAAUCCAUGGUUUUUUUUUUUGGGUUAUGAA